AUGAGGACGCCAACUCCACCAACACCUCUACUGUCGCAUGUUCCCGAGAACAGUUCUUCUCCAGUUUCAUACACGGCGUUGAGAGGGCGGCUACGUAUAAUUGUUUACAACAAAACAAGGAAAUAUUGCGGCCAUGAGUACUUCAUCCAAGCACCAAACAACGCCUCAAUAUACCGGGUCAAACGACUUAUAGAAGAAGCGACUACGGUACCUCAUCAAGUUCAGUGGAUCGUAUUUGGAGUGCGACCCUUGAAAGAUACUGAUCGGCUUUCGGAUUACGCAAUACUCGAUGGCUACACACUCUAUUCGGUGCCAACGUACGUCGAGGUCCCAUCUAUUCCCAAUUUGUGA